CGCGUUUUUGCAGAAGAGAGAGUUCUAUUUUUAGAAGCUGCACACAAACUUAACUUUUAAGGAGCUGUUGGGAGCCCUCAUGCGCCGGACUGACUGCGACUGCGCCCCCUGCUGGCCUCAGCACCUGACGGGAGAGCCCCUGGGUGGGCCGGGUGUCUGUCCAUCCACUGCCUGGCAGUGGAUCUGGACAGAGAAUCACUCUUUUCGAGGAGUGAGGGGGCACGGAUGUAACUGUGGACUCCUGACUCCCCAGGCUCCCCAGAACCCGGAAUUCACUGGACACUGUGAACCCACGUGGACGCGGCUGCUCAGCCGCCCUCAGACGCCUAGGACGUCGGAACACCAGAGGGACUUGGAAGUGCCCACAGCGGGGUGGCACCCCCAGAAGCCCCAGCUCAGAUCCCCUGAAGCUGCCGACGAAGGGACCCACUUUGAGAACCACUGGGACGGAGUGAAGUGUUUCCAACAGCAGACCACCGAGCACCUGAGACCCAACGUGGUGGCCCCAGACGUCUACGCCAUGAGUGAAGACGAGGGUGAAGACUUCAGUCUCCGGCCUGCGACCGCGCUCUGGCGUCCCUGCCUGCAACCGCGGAUGUCUGUCCCCUGCAGCUCUCUUCCUUUGGCCGCACCUGUUUGGGGCCUGCUACGAGGAACACGGACGUUCAGGAGCAUUUCUCAUACGCAGCGCCGAGUUGGGACCGCCUCUCUGUCCCACCCGGACUCUGCUUCCCCUUGGGUCCUCGGACCGCUCACACUUGGUGUGAUGCGUGAUGAGGUUCGAGUCCAGCCUCCGGCUGCUGGUUCCCCGCGUCCUGCCUGCUGGUGCUGCCCCUGCCCUUCCUCUCCUUCUUCCCUUCUUGGAUUGCAUGCAGAUGAGCAGGGAGAUCCAGCACCGGCCGCAGGGGAGGAUUCGCACAGGCGAGGACAGCAAGGGCCAGGACGGCGCCAGUGCAGAAGGGGGCCCACAGACCUCGGCCACCGCACCUCCUGGGUGCUCAGAGCUGCCAAGAACUCAACACAGGCUGAUUGGAGGCAGGCUCCCUCAUGGGGGGAGGAGACGCGCAGGAGAUCACCGUGGGCCUCUGCUCCAGGCUCCCGCAAACACGAGUCCCUCCUGAAGCCCACGCAGGGGAGUCGUGGGCGCGCACCCUCCCAGGCCCUCUCCCCGCAGGGCAACGAGGUGCUGGAUGAUGACGUUCACUGUGGCCGCCAGUCAGGGUCGGGGGGCUUCUCCCACGGUGGGGGUGGGGUCGGCUGGCACUGCCUGGACCAGCCGAGGAGCCCAGGUGGCACAUGGCUGCUUCCUCAGCGAGAAUCGUCACGGUGGUUCCACCGUCUCUCACUGACCUACGAGAUUUGACCUUCACUGUCUGAGCGGUCGGUCUGCUUUCACGGCACUGGACCCAUGUCAUGGCUCCAGUGAAGACCUCACACCUGCACCAACAUUUGCUCAGACACAGCUGACAAGCCCUGCGGCACGUGGUUACCACUUUAUAGAACGUUUUAUUUUGUAUUGAAGUGUAGUCGAUUUACAAUGUUAGUUUCAGUUGUACAGCAAAGCGAUUCAGUUACACACAUACAUACGUACACAUUUUUUCUUUUCAGAGUCUUUUCCAUUAGGUUAUUACAAGAAAUUGAAUAUAGUUUCCUGUGCUCUACAGUAACAUGGCUACUACUUUUAAAGUCUACUAUCUUUCAGCGAGGUUUGAGUAGUAAGUUAGAAUGAACAAGAAUCUGAAAAAGAACAAGUGUGAGCACGUGUGUGACUGAGUCUCUGUGCUGCCAGAAACCAACACGACGCGGCACAGCCUCUGCCCUUCAAUAAAAAAACCCAGGUUGUCACCGUUUCGUCACUUUGGGCCCCGGUGGUGGCGUC